AAAAAAAAUACAUUUUGAUUUCCUUGAAACAUUAUUUUAUAGUUUUGAUGGGAAAUCAUGCUUAGUUUUGGUCAUUUCUGGUCAUAUUUUUUAAGUUUUUUCUCCUUCUUGAUGUUAUUGUGUAUUGUUUGGUGUGUUUUUAGGUACUUUUAGGUCGUCACGUGACCUCCCCACUUUCUCCUCCCUGCGCUACAGGACGUCCACAAAAUGGAGAACCGAGACGCAAAGGAACCAGAGCAGCUGAGAAAGCUCUUUAUUGGAGGACUGAGUUUUGAGACAACAGAGGAGAGUCUACGGGCACAUUUUGAGCAAUGGGGGACUCUCACAGAUUGUGUGGUAAUGAGGGAUCCCAACAGCAAGCGGUCAAGAGGUUUUGGCUUUGUUACAUAUUCGAAUGUGACCGAAGUGGACGACGCCAUGAAAGCAAGGCCUCACAAAGUAGAUGGUCGUGUUGUUGAACCCAAGAGGGCUGUGUCCAGAGAGGACUCAAACAAACCAGGCGCACAUCUCACCGUAAAGAAGAUCUUUGUCGGUGGUAUCAAGGAGGACACCGAGGAAUAUCACAUCCGGGAAUAUUUUGAGAAAUACGGGAAGAUUGAAUGCAUUGAUAUAAUGGAAGAGCGCUCCACAGGGAAGAAGAGAGGAUUCUGUUUUGUCACCUUUGAUGACCAUGACACUGUGGACAAGAUUGUUGCCCAAAAAUAUCACAUAAUCAACUUCCAUAACUGUGAAGUCAGAAAAGCUCUGUCGAAACAGGAAAUGAACGCUAUAUCCAGUAACCGAGGCAGGAGUGGAGGAUCAGGAAACUUCAUGGGUAGAGGUGGUGGUAACUUUGGAGGCAGUGGGAACUUUGGACGAGGUGGUUAUGGUGGAGGACGUGGUUAUGGGGACGACUUUGACAAUGGUCCAGGAGGAAAUUAUGGUGGGGGACCUGGCUACAGAGGAGGUGGUGGUGGCUACGGAGGAGGUGGUCCGGGAUAUGGCAACCAGGGUGGAGGAUUUGGUGGCAACUGUGAUGGAGGUUAUGGGGGCAAUAGUGGAGGUUAUGGAGGUGGUGGAAAUUACAAUGACUUUGGAAAUUAUGGGGGGCAGCAGUCAAACUAUGGACCCAUGAAGGGAGGUAACUUUGGUGGGAGGAACUCCGGUGGACCCUAUGGUGGUGGUUAUGGCUCUGGAAGUGGCGGCGGUGGCUAUGGCUCACGGCGGUAUUAAUUCUUGGUUGUUUUGAUAUGGAUUCUCUUCUUGCUGAAAAUCUGUAAAGACCUGAUAACUUGGAAGGUUCUGGAUGGGUAAGACUUUUAUUUUUUUUUGGAAACAUUUUUUAAGGUUGUAUAUCUAUCUUGUAAUGUACUAUGUGGAAAGGCAAUGUACCUGGAAACGGCCUUAAGGUGAGGAUUGAAGGGUUUUUAAUUCAAAACUGAAUCAAAAAAUUCAGAACAAAACUAGCAAACUAAGAAGAUCUCAAAACUUGAACAUGAAUAUGUAUUUAGUUGACACCAAGCAUACAGGUCUGAGCACGUGAGGCUGUCAAGCAGACACACCGGGUGUGUGACGUGCAUUCAAGAAUGUACUAAAUGUGGAUUUAGCCUAUGGCGUUCACAUUGGAUAAUCUGGGAGGGGCUUCUUUUUCUACUGUUUACUAGAGGUGCAAAUUGGCAAGACCCUGACGAUACGUGUCGCAAUAUGUGACUCCAGAUACGAUACAUAUCCCAACAUUGUAUCAGAACAGUUUUUCACUUUUUUUGUUCAUGACUAUGACUUAGAAAUAAACUAACUGAAUAUGAAUACACUUUUUAUUGUAAUAAAAUAGUAAAAUUAAUUUUAUUUAAUCGUCAGAACAUUAGGCACUGCAACUGAUACUGGCAGCAAUGUAGCCAAAGAGUGUCUGGGGUUUUAGGAGGGGAACAAAAGUAAGAUGUUGAUGGAAACUAAAAUAAUUAAAUAUCGUCUUGUCGGCUUUUUAAAUUGAUACAACUAUCGCCAAAGAAGAUAUUGUGAUAUAAUCCCAAAUUGAUUUUUCUCUAAACCCAUACUGCUUACUAGUGCUUGUCCACCACCUGCAGUUGGAAGAUGCUUGGUUUAAUGUGGAAGCAGUGCAAAUCUUUCUGUCACAGCUCUAUUCCGAUACAUAGAGAGGUUUGGUGUUGUAUAAUCUGGCCGCGAUUAUUACCUUGAUCUGCGUGAUCAGCUUUUAAGUAGUUGGCACUUGUGCAAAUUAAAAGGGAUAUGACCCACAAGUCACUACUAAAUCAGAAUCCCUGAUUGGUCAAAGUCCGUAAAGCCCUAAAACAGUCGUAUAAAUUUGCACAGCUACGCUUGAACGGGAGACUGGCGAUGUGAACGUAGCUUCAGACACUAAAUAAUUGUCCUAAAAUCUCUACGUUGGGGGGAAUAAAUACUUUAAGGUCAAACUAAAUGAAACAGACCUGGACACAAAUAUUGGCAUGUUGCAUUUGUUUUUUAAUCCACCUCCUUGUGAGCAAAAUGUUCUAGUUUAAAGGAUGACUUCAUGUUUCUACUUCAAAUCUUCUGAUGCUUGGGUGACCUAUAUUGAUCCAGAAUUCCUUGAUAGUUUUGGGAUUUCAUUGAACCAUCCUUGCACAGAUUUAGGACACCUUGUGCCAGAUGUAGCGAAGAUAGCAGCACCAGACCAUAAACAAAUCUCCCUCAUGUUUUUUUUUUUUUUUUUUUGCUGGUAUGCUUUGUGAUUGUGAAGCUGACAUGCCUCACCAAAAAUCCAGCCCUUCUUGAAAAAAACAGUCUCCAAGCAUUAAUGUGUGUUGUGGCACAUGAACGAUUGGACUUUUUUUUAAAAAAAUGUAUAGUAUACUAAAAGUAUCAUCAUUCAUUGGUAUUUGGCUCAUUAUUAAUGUCAGCAGAAGCCAGAUAAUAGUGAUAAAGGGAUAAAGUACUGAAGCAGAAAACAUGCAGGACGAUUGUCUCUACAGAGAAACUGCUAUACAGUAACUGUAAAAUGUCUUUUAUUAUUUAAGUUCUUGUUUAUUUAUUUCUUUUCAAAGUAUUGGUGCUUUGUGAACCUACUAUUUUUGUAGAACAGUUUUUUAAUUAGAAAACAUGUAAACUUGUUUUUUUAAUAGUCUCAUCCAUUAACGAUCUACAUUUUUUUUCUGUUGUGCAAUAAAUCAAUUUUGUGAAAUAAAACUGUCGUCUGGAUGAUUUGUCACUUUGAUUUGAAUACAGUAUAUCAAACCCUUUCACCUAAGUGGAAGUGGUGUGGGCGAUCAAAGGUGAGGCACUUUCUGUGUGUGAAAGUUCAUUGUGUAGUGGAUCUUUACUAACAUAUUCUGUGCGUUUUGUUACGCAACCAUACAAAAAAAAAGAAA